UACAUUCUCGUUUGUAGCACACUGCACAUGAGUGCCUGGGGAUAAAGCUUUCACAUUUCUUCAUGUCAGUUCUUCUGAUAGGAAGCCAUGUAUCUGUUUAUUUACUUCUACCUCCUAAUGAGUUUUUUUGAAGAAAUUAAUGGCUUUUGUCCUUCACAAUGCACUUGCGUUUACCAUGGCAGAAGUGAUGGCACUGGAACAAGGUCUGUACUCUGUAAUGACCCUGACAUGUAUGAGAUCCCUGUAAAUGUUCCUGUGGACACUGUAAAACUUCGUAUAGAGAAAACUGUCAUACGAAGGAUUCCAACUGAAGCCUUUUACUACCUGGUAGAUCUCAAAUACCUGUGGGUCACUUACAACUGUGUAGCCAACAUUGAUAUCAGCAGCUUCUAUAACUUGAAACAACUGCAUGAGCUGAGGCUGGAUGGUAAUCUGCUUUCAACUUUCCCUUGGGAAUCCCUGGCAGAGAUGCCCAACUUACGGACUCUUGAUCUUCACAACAACAAAAUGACCAGCAUUCCUGCUGAUGCUGGCCGCUACCUGAGAAACCUCACCUACCUGGACCUAUCCAGCAACAAGCUGACCACCUUGCCAUCAGACCUCAUGGACAUUUGGCCCCCCUUCUCAGGAGCUAUCGUGUCCAAGAACACAGACAUUCUGGUGACACAGAGAGUAAUCUUGGGAUUUCAGGACAACCCAUGGUUUUGUGACUGCCGCAUUUCAAAGCUAAUUGAAUUUUCCAAAAUUGUGGACACCUCCGUUGUACUUCUUGAUCCAUUGGUUUCAUGUAGUGGACCUGAGAGCCUGGCAGGAAUCUUGUUCCAGAGAGCUGAGUUAGAGCAGUGUCUUAAACCAUCCGUGAUGACUUCAGCAACAAAAAUCACCUCCCCGCUGGGCAGCAAUGUCCUGCUACGCUGUGACGCCACAGGAUACCCAACACCACAGCUCACUUGGAAUAGGUCAGACAAUAUUCCAGUGAACUAUACAGUAAUUCAAGAAACUCCUGGAGAGGGUGUCAGGUGGUCCAUAAUGAGCUUGACAGGAAUUUCAUACAAGGAUGCAGGAGAAUACAGAUGUAAAGCCAAGAACUUGGCAGGAAUGUCAGAAGCUGCUGUGACUGUCACAGUGGUUGGUGUAGUUACUACAACUGUAUCACCACAGAAGUAUGGAAGGAAGCCAGAGGCUGAGAGGCAGAAUACAACUCAGGAGGAACCCAAGCAGGAACCUGAGAGGACAACCACACCUCUUCCCACCACACGGACCACCACAGCUCUGGUUAGCACUGAAAGAUCGACCAGCAUGACAUUUACUGACAAAAAGCAAUCCAGGCUCAUGUUAGAUGGAAAGAGGGUUUCAAAGGCAGUGACAAAUGGAAACAAAAAGCAGAUUGGAGAUUUAAGCAAGAAAGGUGAGGAUAUCUUAUUGAAUACAGCAGGUAUGGCUGAGCAAAAUGUUACUGUGAAGAACCUAAGAGUGAUCAGUGAAACUGACGAAAGAGUGACCUUGACUUGGAAAACUGUCAAUGCCACAGGUAAUUCCGCUGUGACUGUGUUAUACUCUAAGUAUGGUGAGAAAGAUAUGUUGCCUCUCAGCACUGAUUCUAACAAAAACAAAGUCACAAUUGAUGGUUUGCAACCUAGUACUCAAUAUAUGGCAUGUGUCUCACCCAAAGGUGUGCCACCUACAAAAGAGCAGUGUGUUGUUUUCUCCACUGAUGGAUUAAAUGAUGAAAGCAGCUCUGAGUUUUCUAUUCUGAUAGUGGCCAGCAGUGCAGCAUGUGUGGUUGUUUUACCUUUGAUAUUUUUCUUACUCUACAAAGUUUUAAAACUUCAUUUCAAACCAAAAUCUGCAAAGGAAGCUGAACUUGCAAAAGAGACUUAUGUGCAAUUUGAAACACUGUCGCUGAAGCCUCGAACACUGAGUGCAGGAGACCAGCUCUGGGCACGAAGGUACACAGAUGAGUCAGAAAGACUUCUCCUUUGCUCUAGGUCAAGCAUGGAUUCUCAAAUGACCUUCAAAAGUGAGGGAUCCAGGUCUGAGUAUCUGUGCUGAAUAUGGGUGAGGGUGGAGAUGAAGUAAAUUAUAGGUAAAAUUAAUUCAGAAUGGUGAUGCUGCAUCUGGAAGCAGGUUGAUGCUAGAUGGUGGUCAGAAUAUGUUACCUGGUGUAAUAGAGUCUUACUGGAUGGUGAUGGGUAGGAGGGAGACUAGAAGAAAAAUGCUGCCUGUUUAUUUUCUUUUUUUAAUGUUUGUGAUUUUGGAUGUGAAGCAAUGAUGUUGUUCCAAAGAAAAACACAGCAUGAAAUGGUUCCAUGGUUAAAGAUAUUUUUUGGUUUUAUUAAAACAUUGUUUUGUCUUCUCUCAUUUUACCACAUGAUGUGCUAGUUACAUGUAUCAAACAUGAAGCACAAUCUUCUUGAAAGCAAUGUACUUCAACAUAAUAGGAAAACAGUUUUAACUAUUUCUAUUGUAAUCAAAACCUUAUUUGAAUAUACAAGUUUUCUUCUGACAUCAGCUUGUGCUUUGAGGUGUCAUGCAGCUGUUAGUACAUUAUCUUGGGUUGAAGUAUUCUCAGGCCAGUCAAGACAGAAGUCACAAUUUGUAGACUCUUGAGAGGUCCAAUACACAUUGUAUUGUCAUUUUGCAGAUGUUAUUGCAAAGGGCAAAGAAGCUUCUUUAGUGUCCUGAAGUUCAGGUAAGAUGUUUAACUCUGAGAGACACUAGACAAUUAUGUUAACUUACGUCAGAUGAUCUUAUUGCAAAAUCUCAGCCUUAGAAUUUACUUGGAUAUGUCCGUCUACAUACCUCAAUUUCAGAAAUCUUUGUACAGAAAAUUGUGGUACUGUGUAAUGCAACACACACUCUUAUUUGUCAAUAUAUUGACAAAUAUAUUGCACAGAUAUUGCACAAUAUUAUGUACUACACUGCAGUAAUAUAAUACCUUUUGAUAAACAGUAAGAGGAGUUUUUGUCCUCAGGGCAUGUUGGAUGUGAAGUUUAAUGACCAUAGUGAAAGUUAAUUGUGAGUGUGCUUCCCAAUAUUUAAGAAGCAGGAAUUAACAGUAACGAUGAAUUCAGUAUUGCCGGUUAAUGACAAUAAUGAAUAGUCUAUGCUGAGGCUGCUUUUUUUAAUGCCUGAAGUAAAUAAGAGAACUUUUGUUGUUCUAGGUUCAGAUAUUAUGUUUAGAAGUAUGUAUGAAUUGUGAGCCACAGUUUUUCCUGAAAAUUACAGCUGUGUUGUUUUCUUGGACCUUUUUAUGCCUAGAGAAACUAUUUGUUUUUGCUAGGAAAUUGGGAAUUGACAUUUUUGAGAGGGAGAAAUAUUACUCAAAGCUAGAACCCAAAACGUAGUUUGUCAGCUUCAAAACAUUAGCAUUUCUCAUUGUCAAUAAUGUAGGAUGAAAUUUUGCCCGCUGGAAUACUGGCAAGCUUAUCUUGUAAGGCAUAGCUUGGUGAGAGGUGUCAAAAAGCCUCCAACUCAAAAUCAUGGCAGGAAGUGAACACACUGAAAAAUCUCUGUAGCACCUACACCAUGGUGUCCAGUGACCAGGAUUAGUAGAAUGAGUAUUUGAGACUGUGGGAGCUGUAAUAAAGAAACAGGUGAGACAUUCAAAAGUGCAAAAUUAGCUUGCCUGCUUGGAAUUAGCCUUGGUGUUCCUUUCUGUGUUACGAGUAUGUGUGGUUAAAAAUCAGUCUUUCUUCUUUUUCCGUGAAUAAUUUUGAUUGCAAUGAAAAUGGUUUUAACUUUCUAAGCCAUUUUACUUUAGCAGUGUGGUGUUGGUGUGGUUUGUUUUUUUUUGGUUGGUUUUUUUUUUUUUUUCUAAUUGGGGAUUUUUUUAGGGAGAAGAGAUUCUCUGUGUGUCAAAACUAAGGUUCAUCUGACACGUUAAUGACAAACCAAGUUUGAACAGGACUUGAAGUGCUACAAUAUUUGCCUUCUAUUUUCCUGAUAGAAGUAUAGUUGGUAGUUGUUGAAGAUAUUUUCAAUAAAAAACACCAUGUUUUUCACUAAUGAGAACAAUUGUUUUAGCUUUUUUUUGUUUUCCUGAAGAGGAUUUGAUUUCAGGUUUCAAAGCUCUAAAUCUGAUUCUGGAGUUCAAAAGUGGUAUCACCUGACUUGUAGGUGACACAUCGAUAUAUUGAACUAACGUGGUGUACAGUUCAUUGGAGGGAGGUCACUUGUGAACAUUAAACCUUUUGGUUUGACUAAUCCUUGUGGAAUUAGCAUGUCCUAAAGUUAGAAAUUAAUCUCUGGCCACAUGGGCUAUUAGUAUAUCAAAGAUGAAAUUUACUGUCAAGAGCAUGUUUUUUCAAGAAAACACAUUAUACAUUAUUUUUUCCAUGGUUCUUGAGACAAAAGAGUUACAUAAUCCAGACCUACUUCUGUAACUCAUGUCAAAACACCAAAUGUACUGGGGAAUUUUGGCAGGAAUCUGACACCAAGGGCAAAUCACACAAUAAAGAUGUUUGUACUGUAUCACCCAGGAUUGGUUUAAUAAAGAGCUGAAUACUUUGCGAACAAAUGUAAUUUUUUAUACUGUAAAUUGUUAAUGAUGGAAUCAUUGUGAUAUAGAUUUUGUCACCCGUAAUCAUUUGUAUAAUGUCUUCUGAAAUGCAGUACUGCAUGAAUCAAGCAUUGGUAAGAACAGUGAUGACUAUAACCUGUGUACGAGAAUUUGGAGAGGGUUUAACCUGUGCUUAUGUAUCGCCUUUCAUAUAUUUUGCUCUUUGGUUUCUGAAUUCAUCCUGCUUUUCACCAAAAAGGUUAGGCCUCUUUUUAUACAUUACCUGCAAUGGCUGUGUCAAAACUGCAUGACUAAUGAAAUAACUGAGCAGUGUGAGCUGAAUUCUAAGUAAACCUCAUUUUUACUUAGAGUUUUAGUGGGCAUUAGUACUUAUCAUACUAAACCAUAAUCUUGGCUUCAAUGUGCACUUACUAAGCUGAACGUAAGGCAUCUGUGCAUCUAUUUUAAUCCUUGCCAUUGCUCACAGUGGGCUUUAUAUUCCUUGCAUCAUAAUCAGAUUCUCAUAUGUUUCUCAGGGAGGGCAUUAAGAGAGAAAACUCUUCCAUGUGUAACAUGAAAAUGUCUGUAAUAGCAAAACCGUUCACACUUGGACUGUGUGUAGGAGGCUAAACAAAGGACAUUUCAAAUUCAAUACCUUUUCAAAGAAGCAAGUAAAAUAGAAGUUGUUUUCAUGUGAAAAUAAAAAAUUGUUUUUAUACAAGACAGUAUGUUUGCCUGACCCUUUUGUCUUUAUAGCUUUAUGUUUGUAGCUUUAGACAAUAUGUGAUGAGUGUACUUGUGGGGACAAAAGGAAGUCUGAAAAGAAAUUACAGAAUAUACAGGAAGAAGGCUGAGAAACAACACAAGGAUGAUGUCCUAGAGAAUUCUGUUCCUGUGUGCCACAAUGUCUUUUGCUUGCAAUUCUGCCACAUAAGAAUGUCUGCAGAUACCCCAGGGGUGCUGGGGUAUCUGCAGACACGUAGGUGUACCACUAGAUUAUUUCAGUGGCUGGAGCUCUACAUGUGGCCACUUUUGACAAGGUGGGGGCAGCUAUAAAGCUGGGGUAUGGAACGGUGGCCCCAGGGCAAUUUGAAGAAUGCACUGGAAGCUGGUCCUGAGGUCUGCCUGUGCCCCAGUGAAAGUUGUGAGAGGUUUUUGGAGACCACUGCCUUUAAACUGAAAAGGGAUGAGCAAACAGCUUAUGAGUUUAUUGCAAGAAAGAGGGUCAUGCAUCAGCAACUGUU